GCUUUAUGCUUUCGGAACGACAUCUCUAUCAGGGGUCCUAUCUGAAUGAGAGAAUAGGAAAGUUCCGCUCAUGUUAUCAACGGGCUACUGAUUUUUUCCCCCUCCCCUCAACCUUACUUGGGAUUUACCACCCCAGUAAACCCGACCGAUUCAACGCCCUUUCACUCCGUGGCUUAUUGCAACAUACUUGCCGCCACUCACCCGCUCGAUCACAGGCCGAGCGAUCGCAGACUGGGAGAUCCCAAGCCCGCCCCACGGAGCUCCCACUCCAUCCGACCCUCACCAUCCCCUCACUUUUCGGACAGCCCGAUGAGUGUCGCGAUCCAAGCGCAAAGGCGAUAAAAUGAGUUUCACGGAUAAGGAGAUGGUACUCGGGCAAGGCCUUCUACGGCUCCCCGCUGCACACAACUAUCGAUAUGGAUUCAAUGCAGAGCAAGACCUACUUGAGCUGCUCUUCCACUCUUUAACGGGCUUCAACGAGGAAUAUCUCCGACUACUCUUCCCCAACGGGCCCCCGAAAGGUGUUUGGAAACUAGCGGAAGCUCAGGGAGCAAAAGAAGGAGCAGAAUAUACCGAAGCGGCGCGGGGAAAGCGAUGUGGUCACAUUUUCAGGGCCGGCGAGGCUACUUAUCGGUGUAUUACCUGUGCUGCGGACGAUACCUGCGUGCUCUGUAGUCGCUGCUUCGACGCUUCUGAUCACACGGGCCACCAGUACCAGAUUUCUUUGUCAUCGGGAAACUGCGGCUGCUGUGACUGCGGAGAUGAGGAGGCAUGGCGACUACCGUUGUUCUGUGCGAUCCAUACUGACAGCGAGGAUAAGAAAGGCAAGCAAAGGGCUCAGACUCAGCUUCCGCAUGACUUGGUCGAUAGCAUCAGAACGACUAUUAGCGGCGUGCUGGAUUAUUUCUGUGAUGUCAUCUCUUGUUCUCCCGAGCAGUUGCGGCUCCCGAAAACAGAGGAGGGGAUCAGACAGGAUGAAGAGGCGUCCCGGCUACGUCCCGGUUGGUAUGGCGAUGGAGAUCUACCGGAGGAUGAGCCGGAGUUUGCUCUUGCUCUUUGGAACGAUGAGAAACAUACCAUCCGGGAUGUUGCUCAUCAGGUCAGCCGGGCUUGUCGGGAACGGGAUCGUUUCGGCAACGAUAGGGCCCAUGAGACGAACGAUAUUGGGAGGAGUGUAGUCAAAUACUCCAAGGAUCUGCAGAGGCUGCUGGCUGUGUCGAAAAUUAUCGAACAGAUUAAGGUCACGGUUACAAUCCGGUCUGCCCGCGACACGUUCCGCGAGCAAAUGUGCGGGACCAUCGUCGAGUGGCUUGCAGAUAUCUCGGGGUGCAGUAUCAUGGACGAUAACGAGAUUCUACGCCACACCAUUUGCGAGGCGCUGCUUAGUCCAUGGCAACAACGCAGCAAUGCCGCGAAUGCCGAUAUCGGAAUGAAGGGCAUUGAUGACCAUCAGAGGUCUGAAAAUGCUCCGUACCGCACGGUUAUGCUCACGGUGUCCCCACAGGGGCAGGUGGUUUUGGCUGCAGAAGAGGAUGACGAGGAGGAUGAUGAGGAUAUUGAUAAUGAUAAUGAACAAGUUGGCGACGGUGAUGGAGACGAAGAAUUUGUUGAGACCCAUGAUGAUGCUGACGAUGAGGACGAGGAUAUGGAUAGGCAGAUUGCUUUACUUCGUGAGCAAGCUGAAAUAGAGGACAUGGCGGAUGAGGAAGAUAUGGUGAUGGGCAACACGGAUGACGCUUUUGAGAUGGCUCAAGCCAUUAUUCAACUGGGUCGGCGGUCGAUGUCUCCCAACACUGAGCAACAACAGGAACGACAGGAACAAGAAGAGCAGCCAGCCUCAGAGAAUCAAGCCCCGCCGCAAUCUCCCGAGCGCGAGCCGAACUCGAAUGACACAUGCCAACUUCCUCCCAUGUCGUAUGUUGCCAUCCCCAAGACACCAUCUGGUGUGGUAAAACCAUCACCUGCAAAGACCCCUAGUCAUUGGCAAGUCCGACCUUCCGUCCCGGCCUUCGGGGAGCAUGUCCCCCCAUACGAGGAUCUCUGGCAGCGUACACGCCUGGACUGGAUGAUCCUGUUCGAUCUCCGAUUGUGGAAGAAGACCCGUACCGAUCUGCGCGAUCUCUACAUUGGAACCGUGGUCAACGUUCCCCAGUUCAAGCGAAUCAUGGGUCUACGCCUGUCGGCUCUAUACACGGCGCUCGCGCAGUUGUACCUGAUUGCAGACCGAGAACCGGAUCAUUCAAUUGUCAACCUUUCCCUCCAACUUCUCACGACGCCCUCUAUCACUGAGGAAAUCGUGCUGCGCGGGAACUUCCUCACCAAGGUCAUGGCAAUCCUAUAUACAUUCCUGACUACGCGACAAGUUGGUGAACCUUAUGAAGUAAACCCGAACGCAACUCUGGCCUUCGAUGCCGGUUCGGUGACCAACAGACGUCUAUACCAUUUCUUCCUUGAUCUGAGAUACCUCUUGCAGUCAGAGUAUGUACAGAACCGCGUACGGAGUGAAGAGCCUUACCUCGCUCAAUUCUUGGACCUCGUCAAGCUUUCCCAGGGUAUUUGUCCCAACGUACGUGCCGUGGGAGAGCAUGUCGAGUACGAGACCGACGCCUGGAUCAGUGCCUCGAUUCUCAUGCGGGAGAUCAACCGGCUCUGCCGGCAGUUCUGCGAGGCAUUCCGCAACCCCGAGAUUGAUGGUGGCGUGAAGCUAUUGCGAGCAAUCCGGACGGCAACCAUCUCUGCAAUGGUACAUUCUACGGGAAUUGAGCGCAAGAGAUUUGAGCAGGCGGAGAUCAAAAACUAUGUGCGGUUCAAGACUUUACCUCCCCUUGACUUCGAAGUCGAUCAGCAACGAGUCCCCCGUUACCGUGUUGUAGACUUUGUUGUUGAAAGUGGUUCGAUGAGCUUCCACCAUGCCCUGCACUACACGCUGUCGUGGCUGCUGGAGUGUGGCCGCAAUGUGAACAGUGCUCUGAUGCGGGAUGUGCUCAUGAGUGCUGCUCAUGCCGCAAAUGAGAAAUACAUUCACGAUAGUCAGCUGACUUCUGAGGAUCUGCUCCUCUGCAUGUUCGAUUAUCCUCUCCGGGUCUGCGCCUGGCUCGCGCAGAUGAAAGCGGGCAUGUGGGUGCGUAACGGUCUCAGCCUUCGGCAUCAGAUGUCUCAGUAUCGUGGAGUGUCGUCUCGCGACUUUGCCUACUAUCGCGAUAUCUUCCUCCUGCAAACUGCGCUGGUGACCUGUGACCCGAGCCGGGUGCUUGCGUCUAUCGCAGACCGGUUCGGUAUGAUGGACUGGAUGACCCGAGACUACAUGCCACGCCCCGGAUAUGAAGACAGCCAGAUCAUCGACGUGGCCGAGGAGUUCGUCCAUCUGCUGGUCAUUCUGCUCACAGACCGGACCUCUCUCACCGCUGUUGACGACAGCGAAGCCGCAACGCGCGAGAACAUGAGCCGCGAUAUUGCGCAUGUUCUGUGCUUCAAGCCGCUUUCUUUCUCGGACUUGUCUACACGCCUCAGUGACAAGCUGCUUGACUCGGACCUGUUCCAGGAUGUUUUGGACGACGUUGCGGGAUUCCGUCCUCCUGAAGGCUUGAAUGAUACAGGAACCUUCGAACUUAAGCCGGAAUAUAUCGACUUGAUUGAUCCUUAUAGUGCUCACUACAGCAAGAACCAGCGGGACGAAGCAGAGAGCAUCUAUAGGGAGUGGAUAGCCAAGAAAUCUGGGAAGAAGGCAUCAGACAUUGUCUUCGAGCCGAAGCUGCGCCCUAUCACUUCUGGCGCAUACUCGGAACUUCCUAAGUUCACAAGGACGCUGGUGUUUGCUCAAAUUGUUCACCACUGCUUGGACUACGUGGUCUCCUCGAAAGAGCGUACUCCAAACAUCCCGCCUACCCGUGUGGAGACCUUCCUCCAGGUUGUCCUCCACCUCAUUCUUGCGGCGUCUCUUGAAGAUAGUAGCGAGGAUGAUGGCUCCUCACCGUCAUUCGUGUCGCACGCCUUGAACAAGGCCAAGGAAACGACUCUGGCUGGAUCAUUAACUAUUGUUGGUCUUCUGGAGAAGAUCUCUGUCAUGAGUGAAUUCUCCGCCUGCGGGCCCAAGAUCCGUCAUAUCCUGAAAAGGCUUUGGCAGAAGCGCCCUGAGGCCUACGCCUCCGCCACUGCCUCUCUCAAAUUCCCGUUCGAUCGGGUCGACACAAGCUCCCCUGCCAUUGACACCGACAAUGAGAAGGAACUGAAGAAGAAGCAGGCCCUCGAAAGACAAGCGAGGGUUAUGGCUCAAUUCCAGCAACAGCAACAGAACUUCCUUAACAGCCAAGGUGCAAUUGACUGGGGAGAGGAGGACUUUAGCGACCUCGAAUCCGAAACCGAGACUGCUCCCGAGACUAAACUAUGGAAGUACCCUAGUGGUACUUGCAUUCUCUGCCAGGAGGAAACAAAUGACUCCCGACUCUACGGCACAUUCGCCUUGAUCCAGGACAGCAGUAUCACGCGCCUAACAGACAUCAACGAUCCUGACUGGAUCAGGGAAGUGAUCAGGACACCGACGAGCUUGGAUAAGUCUGCGGAGCACAUCCGUCCUUUUGGAGUCGCAGGAGAGAAUCGCACGACGGUUCGCCGACUGGACUCUACCGGUGGCGAAGUGAUUAGCGAGAAGGUUGGAUUGAGUAAAGGUUUCAAGGCCACGCACACCCUUCGUGGACCGGUCACCACCGGUUGUGGGCAUAUCAUGCACUACUCUUGUUUUGAUGCCUACUUCCUCGCUACUCAGCGCCGCCACUCGCAACAAAUCGCGCGGAACCACCCUGAGCGUUUGCUGAGCAAGGAAUUUGUCUGUCCGCUGUGCAAGGCCCUAGGAAAUGCCUUCCUUCCUAUUGUUUGGAAGGGUAAAGAGGAAUCCUACCCGGGGGCUCUGAAUACUUCUGUGCCGUUUGAUGAUUUUAUCAAUACAGAGUUGAAGUCGGUCCUCUCGCAAUCGUACAAUUACGCAGUGCUCGCGGAGAACAACAAUGUGCAGCUACAGCUUUACCAGGAUCUAUUCAGCAAUUACCUGUCGAAGGCCUUGGUUCCUCCACUGGCAACUAAGGUUGAUCAGCUCAUGUCGUCGCAGUCGUCGUCAACGUCGUCGUCUCUGCCCUCCGCGACUCACUAUAUACCAACAGCGAGGAUGCCGAUGCCUGGCCUCUUCCCCUCACAGGACGAGAACUCAACUACAAGUCCGCUGCAGGAAGCUUCGGCCCAAAGCGGAAGCCCCAUGUCUGUGCUCAUACAGAUCUACAAGCGACUGAAGCAGACUAUCCGGAUGAACCACAUCCCAUCCACCUUCAAUCACCAUCCGGACACCACUGACACCAAUGACCUGGUGCACACUGACUCCUUGUUCCAGAGUUUCGGCUUCAGCAUUGCUGCUACUGAGAUCUCUCAGCGCGGAGUUGAGUCAGAGCCAGGGACGACUUUGUUGGAAAAGAUCCCACAGCUGACUCUGACGCACCUCCGAGUCUUGGCUGAAAGUGCCUUAUCGUACGCUGCCGUCGGGUGCGUAUACAAUUCUAAUGGCCCCCAUACUCACAGCGGGGACGAAUUUCAAGAGCUUCAUCGCCAUAAGAUAUGUCAGCUCUUCAUCGGCCAUCCCUGCCUGAGUGGCAGCGCACUGGUAAACGAGAUGCGUGAGAUUGAACCGCUACUGGCUAAGGAUACUUUUGUCUUCCUGGCCGAGUGUUCGCUAUCCCUGCUGCCGGUGCUGUCUGUUGACAUUCGCCACUUGAUUCAAGUGUGCUACGUGGCCGAAAUUGUCAAGGUCGCGGCCACCUACAUCCUCUGCCCGAAGGGUCUGAAGGAGGAGCUGGCGCAGCAUCGCAACGACCAGUAUCUGUCUGAGUUGAGUCAGACAGAUCCGCGAUACGAAGCGAGCCGCCACUUCUUCCACUCGAUCGUCACCGAAUUGAAAUCCAACUCGGUAGGCCACGCGGUGGGAUCAUCGUUCCCUGCUGAAACUGGCUAUGUCAAGGACGGCGUGGAAAGUGCAACUCCGGAUGUGGUGAUCUCGCUGAGGCGUCUCAUCUCCAGCUACGCAUUGGCUUUCCUGCGCAAGGCGGUCAUCCUACUCCAUGUUCAGCACGGCGUCGAAUUCCCUAACACUGGUUCUCACGACGCGAAUGCGUCGGAGCUGGACCGUCUGACCAAUCUCCUUCACCUGCCGUCCGUUGACGAAAUCUUUGCAUCGAUCAACCCGGCUCGGGAGAGUGGUAAGCCGUUCGAUGCUAUGAUCUCCGGAUGGAUCUUCCACUGGAAUGCGACUCGGUCGGGCGUCCGGAUGGGUGACCUUAAGCUGUGGCCGAGCCUUCCUCACCCGGCCAUUUUCGAGCUGGUCGGACUCCCCAAGUACUACGACAGUUUGAUCGAAGAGGCCAACCGGCGGCGGUGCCCCAAGUCGAAGAAGGAGCUGAGUGAUCCCAGCAUCUGUCUCUUCUGUGGAGAUAUCUUCUGCUCGCAGGCAGUAUGCUGCAUGGAGAACAAGCUGGGCGGAUGCAACCAGCACGUUCAAAAAUGUGGCAAGAACAUUGGUUUGUUCAUCAACAUUCGCAAGUGCACUGUGCUCUACUUGCACAACCGCAAUGGAUCCUGGCACUACGCACCGUACCUUGACCGACACGGCGAGGUCGACCCGGGUCUCCGGCGCAACCGGCAGCUGAUCCUUAACCAGAAGCGCUACGACCGACUGCUUCGGGACGUGUGGUUGUCGCACAGCAUCCCAGCUACCAUCAGCCGGAAGCUGGAGGCGGAUAUCAACAACGGAGGGUGGGAGACGAUCUAGAGAGGGGGCCUGAGGAGUUAUCGUGUUCUGUGUUCAGCAUUGGUGUGUUGUGAUGUGAUGUGUUGUAUCCUGAUUUGGCUUGAUGACCCGUGCCAAAAGCUCCUGAUGCCUUUGCAUGCAUUUGAUCGGAUUGAUUAUUCUUGAAGAUAGUUUACAUAUAUGUAUCUACGAUGCAGAGGUGUUUUGUCUGGACGAUGGUGGUUGAUACUAUAUAUUCUAUGCCUUUUGCUUGAUCUUGAU